UGUAGUAACAGUAACAUGAUAAAGAUAAUUUUAGCAGUGCUCAAACUGUAAAUAGAUUCAUUCAAAGGCGCUCUAACUUUAGUACUACCAGAUUCACACAUCUAUAACCCAUGUUACAUGUUUCUGGUUCUGCAAAAUACUGAAGUAAAAGCUUUCCUGAAAAGAAAGUUAGGUCUUAAAAACGGCAAGGCUUUAACAGGUUCUAAUCGAUAAUGGUAGUGAGUUCCAUGCAACGGGUGCAGCAUGAGGGAGGCACGAUCCCCAAGUGUAAAGCAGUUGACUCUUGGAACAAACAGAGGACGAAUAGAAUAGCAUAAUUAGCAGUUGAUGACAAUAGAUCUUUAAUGUAGGGUGGAUUAAGACUGUUUCACGAAUUGGAGACCAUUCUGUUUGGUAUCAAUUUUAGACUAAGAAAUAUUGCAUUCUCAAUUUUUUUCUAGGACGUGUAUUUAGUGGAAUUGAGGAAGAAUUGACAACGAUCAGAGUCACUUUAGGAACCUCGAGAGAUGGAAAAAGAGUGGAUGAAUGUAGAAUCUAUUCUGACAUCGUCAAGCAGUGCUCAAGCGAUCAUACAAUUAUUGGAAAAAUUUCUACACUCUGGUGAAGAUUAUUUCCGAAAACCAACCUCUCAGAACAAAAAAAGCAUCCGUGGCUUGGCAAGAAAAGCUAAAAAUUUAAAAAGAUUGGACGUGUUUAAGCACUUAAGAGAGAUCACACCAAAAGGAACAACAGGUCCUCAGUUACCUGAUAGCUUGUCCGUCAAGGAGAUUCCGAAAGACAGAAAACAUUAUGUUUCAUUAUCUUUGGAAAUGGCAUGUUAUUACAAGAUGUGGGAUCAAACCAAGGAACUGGAUUUGAGACAAAGCGACAUGAAAAAGAGGACUUCCUUAAUGGAUUUGAUGGUCAUGAAACACGACAUAAAAACAGUGGGUGAACUGUACGACUAUCUAUGUAAAAAGGGGCUGCCUUGCCUUGCCGAUAAACUUUAAAUAUCUUAACGCUACCAGCCCACGAGGAUCUUUCGAUCUCAUGUUUUCUCACUCUAUCCUAUGAGAUGAUACAUCAGCUCACCCUUACCACAGGGAACAGAUGACUUGCUGCUGAAGUCAUUUAUGCUGAUUUGACUAUUCCUAUAAUUUUUCCGACUUGGUUAGUUAGGUAGGGUUGGUUACUAUAAAAAGUCAUGUUAGUAUCGGAAGGUUAUUUAGUACUGCACAUAAUUAAAGUUGGGAUUGGGAAAACUGAUUUGCUUUAUCAUUACACUGACAUUCCGGUGAAUAAUCAUUUGAAGCAUCUGGUAGCUUCAAUUUUCGACAAAAUUUUCAAGACAUCAACAACAAAACGGCUGAAAAUUAACAUAUUUUGAGACCAUGUAGGCAAGAUUACGCCCUCCUUUGCAAUCUUAAUUAAAAAAAUUCAUGCUGAAUUCAUUCAUAAAAGCUGCAGGUGGUUUCAGCAUUGUUAAGGGUUGGAGGAAAGCUCAGAAAGUCGUAAUUAGAAUAUGUAUAUACACAAAUAUUUCAUAAAGCCUUUAUCUCCAAAAAAAUUUUGAUCAGAAUAAUAGGUGUUUGCUUGGUAGAUAACGAUAACUUAACUUCAUUUGCACUUUUUAUCAGGCGCAGUUGGAUAAUUAUACUGUGUGAGGUUUUCGACGCGCAUUGAGGCUUUUAGGUCAGAAUUUAGUAGAAUUUGAAUAAAUGCAUUUAAACAUUGUGUUUCCGGUAUCGGCAAAAAGAAAAAUAUCAACCCUGAUUU